AUGCCCUCCCCAAUCCCCCAGCCAAAAGGCCUCCCCAUCGUGGGCAAUCUCUUCGCGCUCGACUCGAAAAACCCCUGGGGCUCCUUCAACAAGCUGGCCACCGCGCCCUCCAACAGACCCAUCUUCAAAAUCAGCAUUCUCGGCCACGACAUCGUCUUCGUGACCUCGGCCAAGCUGCUCGAGGAAAUCUGCGACGAAACCCGCUUCCGCAAAUGCGUCUCCGGGCCCAUCGUCGAGAUCCGCGCCGCCGUCCACGACUCGCUCUUCACAGCCCUGCACACGGAGAAUGAAAUCUGGGGCAUCGCGCACCGCAUCAUGGCGCCCCUCGUCACCCCGGAGGCCGUCGAGAGCAUCUUCAGCGACAUCAGCGACACAACCGCCGACCUGAUCAAGAAAUGGACCGCCUCGCCCAACCAGCGCGUCAACGUCACCAACGACCUCGACCGCAACAACCACGACGCAAACAUGGCCGCCUUCUUCCACCAAAAGCUCUCCAUCAUGAACGUCCCCGCCGGCAAAGAACCCGCCGUCAUCGCGGCCAACCAAAACGCCACAACAGAGGCCGUCAAGCGCGCCUCGCGCCCCAAACUCCUCACCUGGCUGCUCGGCCACCAGAAGAAAUUCGACGCCGACAUCAAGACCAUGCGCGACUACGGCGCCGACAUCGUGCGCAAACGCCGCGAAGCAGAGGCCGACCCUAGCGUCGAAACACCAAAGGACAUGCUGCACGCCCUGCUCCACGGAGUCGACACCGAGACCGGCAAAACGCUCAGCGAGUCUCAGGUUCUCGACGAGAUCAUCAACAUCUUCAUCGGGUCCGCGACAGCACCCAACCUCCUCUCAUUCGGACUCUACUACCUCGCCAACAACCCCGAGGCGGUGAAGAAGGCGCGCGAGGAACUCGACGCCGUCGUCGGCGACGGACCCUGGGAACACGCACACCUCUCCCAGAUCCCGUACACGGAGGGCGUGCUCCGCGAGACACUCCGACUCAGCGCCACCGCACCGGGGUUCAACAUCGAGCCGAUCCCGAGUCCCGGGAAUGAACCUGUCCUCCUCGCGGGCGGGGAGUACCAGGUGCCCCGAACGCAGCCGCUCAUUGCACUCCUGACAUCCGUGAACCGGGACCCCGAGGUCUUCGAGGACCCCGAGGCGUUCAAGCCCGAGCGGAUGGUGGGUGAGAAGUACGAUGCGCUGCCGUCUGGUGUGAAGAAGGGCUUUGGCAACGGGAAGCGGGCUUGCUUUGGGACGCGGUAUGCGUGGGAGUGGAGUUUGCUGGUGCUUGCGGCGUUGAUUAAGGAUGUGGACUUUGAGCUUGCGGAUAAGAAGUACAAGACGGAUAACACGGGCGUGAACUAUAAUGGGGCGUUUAGUACGAGGCCGCUUGGGUUCUUUUUGAGCGCGAGUCCGCGACAAAAGUGA